AAAGAGGACUAGGGUAGGCAACCAUUCCCCCCUCGUCAGUCUCCGAUUGGUCGUCUCCCUCACAGCCCCGACGACCAAGACCACCGACGACGACGGCGGCGGCGGCGGCCAGGAAUUCCUCUCCACUCGCCGCCGGAAUUCCCCCCCUUUGCCUGCGGUCCCUCUCCCCAGUAGGUGAGGCCACCGACGAGGAAGAAAAUAUCAGCGGUUCCCCAAAGCGCCCUCCCUCCCUCCCUCCGUCCGUCCCAAGGUUGGCUGCCGCUUCUCCGCCUCGGCCACCGAAGUCCAGUCCACCAAUCCCUUUCACUCCCCCCCCCCCCCCCCCGCCUUCCGUGCGCGCUCGCUCGCUUGCAUAUCACCACCACCACCACCACCUUCCUGACCCCUUCCUUUCCUUGCCGGAUCGGACCUCAGCUCCAGGAGGCCAGGGCUCCUGCUCCUGUUGCUGCUGCCCUGGGAUCUGCUCGGCCUCCGCAAGCAACGCACGCAAGAGAUGGGGUGCUUGGCUUUCUUGCAUGGGGAGAGCAAAGAGGAGCGUCCUGCCCCAAAAUCGGCCUCCGUGCGCUCCUUCAGCACGACAUCCACGGAACGCGAAGUCCCAUCUGGCUCUGACCUCACCUCCAUGAACAUCUCUGACAUGAGUGCGGAGUCAAUAAGGAGGACGCAGUACCCCAGCUUCACUGACCGGCCCAGCAACCUCAGGGUGUUCACCUUUUCUGAGCUCAAGAAUGCCACCCGCAACUUCAGCCGGUCGCUCAUGGUUGGUGAGGGUGGGUUUGGGUGCGUGUACAGGGGAAUCAUCAAGAAUUCUGAUGAACCGAAUGAGCGGAUUGAGAUCGCUGUGAAGCAGUUGAAUCGCAAAGGAGUUCAGGGGCAGAAGGAAUGGUUAACAGAAAUGAAUGUGCUUGGGAUUGUCGAGCAUCCAAACCUCGUCAAACUAAUAGGUUACUGCGCUGACGAUGAUGAGCGGGGAAUGCAACGGCUUCUAGUAUACGAGUACAUGCCUAAUGGAAGCGUGGAUGACCACUUGGCAAGUAGGUCAACUUCAACUCUAUCAUGGCCAAUGAGACUAAAGGUAGCUCUCGAUGCUGCUCGGGGGCUGAAGUAUCUGCACGAAGAGAUGGAUUUUCAGGUUAUUUUCCGAGACCUGAAAACAUCUAACAUUCUAUUAGAUGAGAACUGGGAUGCAAAAUUGUCAGACUUUGGAUUGGCUAGGCAUGGACCACAGGAAGGUCUAAGCCAUGUCUCCACAGCGGUCGUUGGAACGCUAGGAUAUGCAGCGCCGGAGUACAUGCAGACUGGACGCCUCACUGCAAAAAGCGACAUGUGGAGCUAUGGCGUACUCCUCUAUGAGCUCAUCACUGGCCGCCGUCCUAUCGACAAGAACCGCCCAAAGGGCGAGCAGAAGCUCCUGGAUUGGGUGAAACCAUACAUCUCUGAUGUCAAAAGGUUUCCCAUCAUUGUAGACCCACGGCUUGAGGGACACUACAACCUCAAGUCCGUGACAAAGUUGGCCGCUGUGGCGAACCGCUGCCUCGUCCGGCUACCAAAGUCACGGCCAAAGAUGAGCGAGGUGUACGAGAUGGUUCAGAAGAUCGUUGACAGCAUUGAGACUGGCCCACCACAACCUCCUCUGCACUACCAUGGCUCUGUUUCUGAACCUGGCGCGAAGCGAACAAAGAAAGGAUCUCUGAAGAGAAGGUUCCAAGAAUUCAAAUUUGGUUGCCGCCAGAUUGUAUGGCGUGGCUGGAAGCCUGAGAUUAUAAAGACUUGCUGAAAGGACAGUAAUACCUGCCUGUAAUUAUAGUUGUCCAUAUGGGUGCACCAUUUAGUUGCAGCGUGCGACUUUUUGUCCUCUAGUUUUCUGUGUAAUCCAUCUUGUUUUGUGUAUGACAAUCUGAGCUACAAGCAAGAUGGUGGUCAAUAGGUUGUUUGUAUUUUUGAUGCAACAUCAGUCUUCCUGUCUUACAAACUCUUCGAUAGCCAAAUACCGACUUUAUUUAUGCAAACCCUGAUACUGUCAUUUUCCUUCUGGAAAAGGGUUGGAUACAGGGAAUGAUUCUGAUUCA